UAAAGUCCUGACAAAGCAGAGGAGGUGCUGCAGGAUGUGACAGAGUUCAGACCUGCAGCUCUGCGUGCAGCUGAGCAAGCCCAGAGCUGUCCGAGGUGCUGAACAGCUGCUGCUGCUGGAUCAUCGUCAUCUUCAUCAUCCCGGCAUGUAUCUGAUUACACGUCCUCACCUGUGACUUCAGCUGGAAGGUAUGUUGAUGAGUGAAUUACCCAAUAAAGAUGUUCCUGGUGACUCAGGAUGGAGAUGAAGGUUCAAAAAUAGAAGCUACAACUCACUGCCGUAUGGUCAAACGGGUCCGUGAUUGACUGCAAACACAUUCUCUGAAGAACCACAGCAGGGAUCAUUUAUAGCCUCUGAUUGAUCUAUGGACCAUCUUCAGUCACUCAUUUGAGAUUUAUUCUUCACUUUGUAAUCACAAGAAAUGCCCCUCUAGGGCUGCUAUUGGAUGACACUUAGAGUAUUGAAGGAUGGGUUGAGGAUGGUGAAGACGAUUGGAAGUUGAAGUCUUGACCUCAAGCUUGUAUUGAGAGCGAGUGCUUCUGUGUGGCAGAAGGAAAAACCCCAGCCGCUUAAAUCUAAUAACUGAGCGUGCCUCGGCUUGCUGCUUGUUCACCAGAGGGCUUAUUAAUUCUCACCACUGAUUUGUCCUGUGUUAUGUCUCCUGGAACAUUUUUUUUCCCUGCGGCUGGUAGGAAAAUUGUGGGUUGAGUGUAAUGAGUUGACAUCUGCCAGCUGUCACUAUGCGACCUCUCUCUGAGUUAAGAAAUCAUACUCAAUAACAAAGAGCCAUGCGAAAUAUCUUCUGAUUGCUUAAUACAAUUUACCCCAGAAAACAUUUACCCUUCAAAAUAUCCUUUUAUUCCAACAUGAGCGACACAAACUACUGGGUGGUGGACUAUGAGCUCUCCUCUCCUGCUCCGCCCGGGUUCCCCCGGGGUCCGACGGUGCUGCAGCCCAUGACAGGGCACCCCGAGCAGGGAACAGCCCUUUGCUUCGUCGGCCUCCUUGUGCUGCUGCUGCUCUUUCUCGUUGUUCGCUGCGUCCGGAUCUUGUUGGAUCCCUACAGCAGCAUGCCGGCAUCAUCGUGGACGGACCACAAGGAGGGUCUGGACAGAGGACAGUUUGAUUAUGCGCUGGUGUGAAGACGAGAUCAGGAGAUGAAAAUGAUGGAUGAAUGAAUGGUUCUUUUGUAGGGACUUAGAUUGAUGAUGGUUGUUGUAUGUUCUGUUA